AUGGCGCAGGCCUUUCAGCUUCCAGAUGGCCGAGAGCUAAGCUACGAGCUCACAUAUGUGACUGAGCCUCAGCGUCCCACCGUCCUGUUGUCCAACUCCCUCAGCGCCCAGUUUGGAUUUUGGGACGAGGUCGUCUCUGCGCUACAUGAUGCUGGCUUCCGUGUCCUGCUCUACGAUCAUCCAGGUCACGGCAAAUCAUCUGCACCCACGGAUCUCGGCUCCACGACUUUCGAAUCCCUCGCCGAUGAUGUUCACAAUCUCUUGACCUCCAAGGAAAUCACAGCAGCCUUCUCUGGCCAUCAUGCCCCGCGCACUCUAACACCAUUCCUUCAUGCUUGGGUGGGCGUAUCCAUGGGUGCAGCGUUGGGCAUAUUUUUCGUGACUAAAUUUCCUGGGAUGGUUAAGAACCUCGUCGUGUGUGACACCAUUUCCUGCAGCCCCUCGAAUGCCGGCGUGGAGGAUGCCUUUGGGCCUCGCGUGAAGGCGGCCAGGCAAGAUGGCGACAUGAAGAAGACCGUCCAGUCGACCAUGGAGCGUUGGUUUGGGGCGGAAUGGAUCGCGAGCCAUUCAGAACGAGCCGACGUGCUGCGUGGCCUCAUGGAAACGACGACUAUCGAUGGAUUCGAGACAUGUAUCGCAGCGUUGCAGUCUCCUACCUUCGACGUGCGGCCACUGGCACCAAAAGUGGCCAGUGGGACAGAGCAUGUGCUCUUCGUGGUGGGUGAGAAGGAUGCAGAUCUGCCAGAGAAGAUGAAGGGCCUGCGGGAUGGAGUUCAGGACGGGUUUUCAGCAGCAGGCAAGAGUGGCGAGCAGGUCGAUUUUGUAGUCAUCCCGAAUGCAGGUCAUGUGAGCUUUGUGGAUGGGUUCGAGGCUUUCCGAGAUGCCGUGGUCCCCUUCCUGAAGAGGACAUAG